AUGAGCGGAGCUAUCCCGGACGAGUUUGACAUCAUUGUCUGUGGCGGUGGCAGCUGCGGAUGUGUCGUUGCCGGACGACUUGCCAACUUGGACCACAAUCUCAAGGUGCUCCUCAUCGAGAAUGGUGAGAGCAACCUCAACAACCCGUGGGUGUUCCGGCCGGGCAUCUACCCGCGCAACAUGAAGCUCGACUCCAAGACGGCCACCUUUUACCAGUCGAGGCCCUCGAAGCAUCUGUCCGGCCGGUCCGCCAUUGUGCCCUGCGCCAACAUCCUGGGCGGCGGCUCUUCCAUCAACUUCAUGAUGUACACUCGUGCCUCCGCCUCCGACUACGAUGACUUUCAGGCCAAGGGCUGGUCUACCAAGGAGCUGCUGCCUCUCAUGAAGAAGCACGAGACGUACCAGCGAGCCUCCCACAACCGGGAAACUCACGGAUUCGACGGCCCCAUUAAGGUUUCGUUCGGCAACUACACGUACCCUAUCAAGGAUGAUUUCCUCCGCGCCGCCUCGUCCCAGGGUAUCCCUGUUGUGGAUGAUCUUCAGGAUCUCACUACCGGCCACGGAGCUGAGCAUUGGCUCAAGUGGAUCAACCGCGACACGGGCCGCCGCAGUGACAGUGCCCAUGCCUACAUCCACGCAACUCGGGCCAAGCACUCCAACCUCUACCUCGCCUGCAACACCAAGGUCGAUAAGGUCAUCAUCGAGAAUGGCCGAGCUGUUGCCGUCCACACCAUCCCGAGCAAGCCGCUCGACCCUAACGAGCUCAAGGGACGCACGUUCAGAGCCCGCAAGCAGAUUGUCAUCUCGGGCGGAACCCUGUCGUCUCCUCUCAUCCUGCAACGCUCCGGCGUUGGUGACCCCGAGAAGCUUCGCCGCGCCGGCGUUAAGCCCAUCGUCGACCUGCCCGGCGUCGGUCUCAACUUCCAGGACCACUACCUGACCUUCUCGACCUACCGCGCGAAGCCAGGAACCGAGAGCUUUGACGACUUUGUCCGUGGAGACCCCGAGGUCCAGAAGCGCGUCUUUGACGAGUGGAACAUCAAGGGAACUGGCCCGCUGGCCACCAACGGCAUCGAGGCCGGCGUCAAGAUCCGGCCGACGCCCGAGGAGCUCAAGGAGUUCGAGCGGUGGCCGACCCCGCACUUCAAGGACGGGUGGAAGUCGUACUUUGAGAACAAGCCCGACAAGCCCGUGAUGCACUACUCGGUCAUCGCCGGCUGGUUCGGCGACCACAUGGUGAUGCCGCCCGGCAACUUCUUCACCAUGUUCCACUUCCUCGAGUACCCCUUCUCGCGCGGCUCGACGCACAUCGUCUCGCCGAACCCGUACGACGCGCCCGACUUCGACGCCGGCUUCAUGAACGACGAGCGCGACAUGGUGCCCAUGGUCUGGGGCUACAUCAAGUCGCGCGAGACGGCCCGCCGCAUGGACGCCUACGCCGGCGAGGUCGCCAACAUGCACCCCGUCUUCGCCUACGACUCGCCCGCCCGCGCCCGCGACCUCAACCUCGCCGACACCAACAAGUACGCCCUGCCGGGCAACCUCACCGCCGGCAUCCAGCACGGCAGCUGGACCCAGCCCCUCAACGAGGCCGAGAGGAAGGCCGACAUCAAGAGGACCCUGAACGCCCACUGCGUCGACGGCCGCGAGCCGCUGAAGUACAGCGACGCGGACAUCAAGGAGGUCGAGGAAUGGGUCAAGCGCCAUGUCGAGACCACAUGGCACAGUCUCGGAACCUGCUCCAUGGCUCCCAAGGAGGGCAACAGCAUCGUCAAGCACGGCGUCCUCGACGAGCGCCUGAACGUCCACGGCGUCAAGGGCCUCAAGGUCGCCGAUCUGUCCAUCUGCCCCGAUAACGUCGGAUGCAACACAUAUUCCACCGCCCUGCUCAUCGGCGAGAAGGCCGCCGUGCUCGUCGCCGAGGACCUCGGAUACUCCGGCGAGGCCCUCGAGAUGAAGGUGCCGACGUACCAUGCCCCGGGAGAGUUUGUGCUUAACUCUCGUCUCUAA